UUUCGCAGUGCACUAUAAACAAAGCCUCGACCGGUUCUGAUAAGCUUUAGAUUUCCAAGCCCGACUUGUCUAACCGCUCAUCGCAGUUUUGAUUGUUAUUCCCACAAUGGCGGAUGCAUUGCGUCUUGUGGCCUGGAGCUGCUGCCUUCUUAUCCUUGGCGUUCAGGGAUAUGAAGUACCCAAGGCUCAGAUCGAGGUUUUCUAUCCCAAAGGAUUCGAGGUCUCCAUUCCCGACGGGGAGGGCAUCAGCCUGUUCGCUUUCCAUGGCAAACUCAAUGAGGAGAUGGAGGGCCUGGAGGCUGGCACCUGGGCACGGGACAUUGUCAAAGCGAAAAACGGACGCUGGACCUUCCGGGAUCGGACGACGGCACUGAAGCCCGGCGACACCCUGUACUACUGGACCUACGUUAUCUACAACGGGCUGGGUUAUCGCGAAGACGACGGGUCGUUUGUGGUCACUGACUACAGUGGUAACAAUGACUCACCCCGCCCACCUGUUGUGCCAGUUUCGACAAAACCCUGGACUCCACCUGCCGAUCCGGAUAUCGAUAUAAGGUUGGGUUGCACCACUCCCAAGACCGAAGUCAAUGGAGCACCCACUCGCUGUGCCGGACAGCUGGUGUUCGUGGAUGAGUUCAACGCUUCAAAGCUGGAUCCCAAUAAGUGGAAAUCGGAACGCAGGUUUGCCGAUAAACCCGAUUACGAGUUUAAUGUUUACGUGGAUGACGCUCCGGAAACCUUGUGCUUAGCCAAUGGUCAUGUGGUGCUCUCAACGAACACGAUGAAGAAACAAUUCAGGAAGGGAUCACACGAACGUUUGGAUUUGGGUGAAAAGUGCACGGGACUAGCGAAUACCCACGACUGUGUAAGAGAUGGCCGAACCCUGAGUGACGGACUUCCGCCGAUGGUCACCGCUCAGUUCUCCUCCAAGGAUUUCUCCUUCAAAUACGGCCGCGUUGAGGUGCGAGCCAAAAUGCCGCGGGCAAAAUGGGUAACCCCACAAAUCUGGCUACAGCCCAAGCGUCCCAUCUACGGAGUGGAAAACUAUCAGUCCGGACAACUGAGAAUCGCUUAUACCCGUCCGAAUGGAGGUUACCUGGAUUUGUAUGGCGCGGCCGUUCUCUUCGCAGAUGAGCCCCUGCGAUCGGCCAAGAAUUGCCUGAAGCCAGGUACUGGAGAUAACUCCGAGGACUGGAGCGAUAGUUUCCACAAUUACACCCUCGAAUGGACGCCCAGGGAACUUCGCUGGCUGGUGGACGGCAGGGAGUGGUGUGUCCAGGGAAGUGCUAAGGGAGCUUUAAGCGAGACGACAGCCGGCGGAAAGAGUUUGCCGCAGGCCCAGAAACUCGAGGAGGGCACUGGACUGGCGCCCUUCGAUCAGGAGUUCUACUUGAGCUUUGGACUCAGCGUGGGCGGGUUCAACGAGUACCAGCACGAGGUCAAGCCCUGGAACGAGAAGGCCCCGCGGGCGCAGAAGGAUUUUUGGAAUGACGUCAAGAAGAACAGGGACCACUGGCUGGACGAGGGCCACCUACAGAUCGACUACGUCAAGGUUUACUCGUUGUAAGCUCUGUAAUUAAAUUACGAAGUUACGAAAUAAAGCGAAGACCAUUUUAAUUUAAACAAUA